AUGGCCCGGCGGCGACGGAGCGGGCUGGCAUGUGGGGGGCGACGGGGCGGAGGCGGCGGCACUGAGUCGGGGUCGGGGCGGCGAUGCGGCUGCUCGGAGCCUUCCUGCGGCUGCUGCUGGCCGGGGCGCUGGGAGCGCCGCCCGCCCCGGCCCCGGAGGCGCGGGGGACGGCCAGCGCGGAGGCGCCCGUCCUGACCUUUAAGGAGAUCUGGAACCGUAGCUUCUGCCGGCCUCGGGAGCAGCUAGUGGAUAUCAUUACCGAGUUCCCCAACGAGGUGGAGUACAUCUUCAGGCCCUCCUGCGUCUCCCUGCAGCGCUGCGGGGGCUGCUGCGGUGAUGAGGGGCUCCGCUGCGUCCCCGUGCAGACCGGCACGGUCACCGUGCAGCUUGUGAAGAUAAAGCCCAACGGGGAGGCACCCUACGUGGAGGCACCGUACGUGGAGAUGUCGUUCACCGAGCACAAGCAGUGCGAGUGCAGGCCGCGGCAGGACCUGGUGAGGCCGGGCAGGAGGAGACUCAAGGGCCGAGGUAAGAGAAGACAAGACAAGAAGAGACGUAAAGACUGCGAGCUAUGUGGCGCACCACGCAGGUAGCCUCCGCUCUGCCCCUGGCCUCGCUCCUGCCUCCGGAGCUUGAGCCUAUGGCACUUCUGCCCAGGGAGGGGACGUGUGGUGCUGAGCCCCUUGGAGUGACGGCGCUGGGGAGCAGGACUGCGGCAGGAAGGAGCCAACGAGAUUCAUGCUUGGCCUGGGUGGGAGCGUAUCCUGGAUCAAGGACUCUCUUGCCCCAUCUGCACCGGUUGCAGCAGGACUGAAGGACCCAGAAGGGCGGAUGAGGAGCCGGAGCUGCAAACUGUUGCUGGAGGGCAUCCUGGGGCUGCGAGGAACAGAGCUGUGGGCAUGCUGCUGGAGCUGGGCACAGUGUGGAGUGGGGGUGAGCAGGGCUGGAACCACAUAACUAUUGUGUCCCGCAGGCAGAGGGGAGGGAGCGCAGCUGGGAUGGGUCUCAAUCUGGGCAUGGUGCAGCCCAAAAGGGUGUCUCGGGGGGAGGGGAGCUUGGCAAGCCCUUCUGGUAGGCACGGGGAGGAAUUGGGGUGCUACAGAACCUUCCUGUACCCACAGCCACAUUCCAGCCUUGCCCUUCUGAAUAAAAGCUGGGGUGGACCCAAGA